AUGUCACAGUGUCCUGGAGUACACCUGUACAUCAUUGCUGCCAGAAAGAUGGAGACGCUGCUCGCACUCGUGAUCGCUCUCUCCGCCACCGCCUCAGACCACUCCCAGUGUCACCAGUACCACAAAAAUCGCAACGACACCAAGUCCACUCCCAGUGUCACCAAUACCACAACAACUGGUCCAAACGACACCAAGUCCACUCCCAGUGUCACCAAUACCACAACAACUGGUCCAAACGACACCAAGUCCACUCCCAGUGUCACCAAUACCACAACAACUGGUCCAAACGGCACCAAGACCACUCCCAGUGUCACCAAUACCACAACAACUGGUCCAAACGACACCAAGUCCACUCCCAGUGUCACCAAUACCACAACAACUGGUCCAAACGACACCAAGUCCACUCCCAGUGUCACCAAUACCACAACAACUGGUCCAAACGACACCAAGACCACUCCCAGUGUCACCAAUACCACAACAACUGGUCCAAACGACACCAAGACCACUCCCAGUGUCACCAAUACCACAACAACUGGUCCAAACGACACCAAGACCACUCCCAGUGUCACCAAUACCACAACAACUGGUCCAAACGGCACCAAGACCACUCCCAGUGUCACCAAUACCACAACAACUGGUCCAAACGGCACCAAGACCACUCCCAGUGUCACCAAUACCACAACAACUGGUCCAAACGACACCAAGACCACUCCCAGUGUCACCAAUACCACAACAACUGGUCCAAACGACACCAAGACCACUCCCAGUGUCACCAAUACCACAACAACUGAUCCCAACGACACCAAGACCACUCCCAGUGUCACCAAUACCACAACAACUGGUCCAAACGACACCAAGACCACUCCCAGUGUCACCACAGCAGCGCCCAAGACAUGGAUCCGCCGACAUGGAUCAACAACCUCAGACAGAAAAGCAACAACCGUCACCGUGACAACCACCAAUCCGAAAAGCACUACAAAAGGUUCUUCUGUAACCACGGCGACGACGAAGAGCCCUCACAUGGGCUCUACUUCCACCCUGAAGACUGCGACUUCAACAGCAAACAGCUCACCGGUCUCAAAUAAACCAAUCACGUCGCAGGGCUCGACCCCGAGCACGGCCCCGAGCACGGCCCUGCCCCCGGCCAGCGGCGGCGUCCCCGGUUGGGGGAUCGCUCUGCUGGUGCUGGCGGCUCUGGUUCUGUUUUGUCUGCUUCUGCUGAUCAUCGGACUGCUGGUGUGGUGCUGCUGCUUUAGAGGGAGAAACGACUCCGGUUCCUAUGACAACCUGAACAGCAGAGACGACAUCCCUCUGUACACAACACACGGACGCUUCGACGGGCCCGACCGCAAGAAAUACGUGAGUCAAACGCUUCUAGAAACAGAUAUCUGUGAGGAUGUAUAA